GCACUAUAUAGGAUGUGUGUAUAGUUAUAGAUGGAAGCCUUUGGAAUCGAACAUCUUGAAACCAACAUUGCAAUUGACCCAGGUCCUAGCAUACCAGACGGUUAUGCCGAUUUGUAUUAUGGUACCUGUGGCUUUAGAGCGUCUGUAGAAACACCGCAAAACCACCUCGAUCAUGUAGUUUAUCGAUGUGGUAUACUAUUGGCUCUGAUGCCAUUCUUAAGAGGUCCAAAUAGACCAUCUUCCCAGGCUAUAUCGGAAGAGAGACCUGUCCAUGCACAUGAUGACACGUCGGGCGUUGAGGACAAUUUAAAUCGCACUGUAUCCGCAGGAGUAGUAAUCACUGCCAGCCACAAUGGCCCAGAGGACAACGGGAUCAAGAUACUGGAAAACAACGGUAACCUGUUGGACCCAUUCUGGGAAAAUAAAUUAACGCAGUUUAUUAACUGGCGCGAUGACAUCGGUAAAUAUCUGAGCAACAUGUUACGUUCACAUGCUAUAGAAUAUAUAUCAACCAAGCAAAUAUAUAAGAUAUUUAUAGGCUGUGAUACACGGGAUUCCGGUCCACAUCUUUGUCAUAUGCUAGAUAAAGGUAUCAAGGCGGCUGCAGAAGCAUUCAUGUUAAAAGGUGUUAUUUCCAUAAAUCUGGGAGUAGUCACGACGCCGACAGUCAGCUACAUCCUGCACAAUAACCUAAAUGGAGCAACUGACGACACGCAGUAUGUCGAGGCGUUAAAAGAAGCAUUCAUCGGAGCUGUGUAUGCGCUACAGUCUUUGGGAUGCGUGACCAAGCAUGAUGGCCUUACUAAAAUGAGGCCUCUUUGCUACGACUGUGCAUAUGGUGUUGGCGCCUAUGUUAUCGUCAGGUUCUUUCACUGCCUUGAACUGUUAGGGAUCGAUGCGAGUGUUUGCAACAACCCAGAGACUGACCCAAUUAACGCACAGAAACUGCUGAACGAUCGCUGUGGAGCGCAUUACGUCGUGAGCGCAAUGAAGCCACCUAGAUCCGUUGAAUUGUCGGAAGGGCAAUGGUGUGCUUCAUUCGAUGGAGACGCGGAUAGGCUUGUAUAUUUCACCCCAAAGGACAAUUCUGUGUUAUUAAUCGAUGGUACAAGGCUUUUGGUACUAACAGUGAAGUUCAUGAAGCUACUGAUGGACUUGUCGCAACCCGAUGAAAGGCAACCUAUAAGUAUAGGAAUCUUAGUUAACAGAUAUGCGAAUGGCGCCGCAGUGCAAUAUAUAGAAUCUAUGGUCGCACAAUGGAAUUCACCAUCUUCCCGAAUAAUUUGGGAACUACAGUUCUGCAAUGUUGGUGUAAAGCACUUUCAGGCAAAAGCACUGGAUUACGAUAUUGCCAUUUUCUAUGAAUCUAACGGCCAUGGCAAUGUUAUUUUUAAUAAGACUCACCGUUAUCUGGGUGAUGCAGACCUAAUGGAAAAGGUAUCGUACAUAUUCAGGAAUCCCAUUGGGGAUGCAGUGGCUAAUACACUGUUUGUGGAAUUGGCCUUGUAUACCUUGGGGUUAACAUACAAUGAUGUCCUAGGAUUCUACAAUGAUUUACCAUGUGUAAACGAUACUGUAAAUGUGCCUCAGCACAAGCUGCAGUAUUUUAGAAGUUGCUCGGAGAAUGACACAAUACUACUAGAGCCUCGGGAGCUGCAGGAUCUUGUGGAAGAAUCAACUUCGAGGUACAAUGGCGCCAGAGCGUUUAUCAGGCCAUCGGGGACGGAGCCGAAAUGCAGAAUAUAUGCAGAAGCUCCCACCAUGGAAGAGGCUCUCCUAUUGGUGGAUGAAAUCAAAACGCAUAUCCAGCGGUUUCUGUGAUUGUUACAAGUAUGACAUGUCAUCCACCGA